AUGGCAGUCACGGGUGACAAGCAAGAACCUCCACCUGUAGACGAGGGUGUCUUGCGUCCGCAGCCAACGUCUGAAGGCGAAGUCGAAGUGCCAUAUAGCAUUUACACAAGCAAGGAGAAAUGGCUGAUUGUUGCCAUGGUCGCUUUGGCGGGAUUCUACAGCCCUCUACCAGCGAAUAUCUACUUCCCAGCCAUACCGACCAUUGCCCGCGCUUUUCACAAAUCAAACGAUGCUAUCAACCAGACUGUCACUAUUUACUUGGUCUUCCAAGGCAUCUCACCGAUGCUUUGGGGUCCCAUCAGCGAUCGCUACGGGCGCCGACUGGUCUAUCUUGUUUGCCUUAGCAUCCUAGUCGCCUCCAGUAUCGGCAUGGCGCUUUGUCCGACUGAUCGCUUUUGGCUGUUGCUGUUCUUGAGAUGUUUCCAAUCUGGAGGUAGCGCGAGCACCAUUGCCCUGGGUGCAGGCGUGAUAGGCGACAUCUCCACGAGCAGAGAAAGAGGAGGCUACUUUGGCAUGUUCAAUCUCGGACCCAUGUUGGCACCCUGCAUUGCUCCAGCUAUGGGCGGAGCAUUGUCGCAGGGACUUGGAUGGCGCUCCAUCUUCUGGUGUAUCGUCAUCAUGGUCGCUGCCUGUCUGCUUUGUAUCGCACUGUUUCUCCCAGAAACUCUCCGGUCGAUUGCGGGCAAUGGCAGUAUCCCCGUACCUCGCCGCCUUCGUGCCAUUGUCCCACUCGUUGGAUGUAAAGCUACCCAGGAGGCCUUUGAUCCCGAAUCGCGUACAAAACCCAAGCACUCAGUCAACCCAUUCGUCCUGUUCACGUAUCCGGAUGUCAUCGUCCUCUUAUCCUUCACUGGCAUCGUAUAUGCCGUAAAUUACACCAUCACAGCUACCAUCUCGUCCGCCUUCGCGAAAAACUACCCACACCUCUCGGAGACCGUGUUGGGCCUUUGCUAUCUGCCUGUUGGUGCUGGCAUGAUUAUAGGAAGCACGAUGACGGGCAAGAUGCUGGACUGGGAGUACGCACGCAUCAAGGCCAACGCAGACGACAAAUUCACCAUUGAGUACGCACGGCUGCGCAUCAUGCCUUUCUAUCUAAUCCUUUUCGUCAUCUGCGUCGUCGCAUGGGGGUGGACCAUACAAGCAAAGGCGCACAUGGCCGUGCCCCUGAUCCUCGGCGUCUUUUUGGGUUGGACCUCGAUGGGCAUUCUCAACUCGACAAUGACGCUCAACAUCGACAUUCUACAAUCACGUAGUUCCGGAGCGACGGCAUGUACAAACCUGGUCCGCUGUUCGCUCGGUGCCAUAUUGAUCUCUGUCAUCGAUCGCAUGGUCAAUGCGUGGGGUGAUGGCUGGACAUAUACCUUCUGGGGUGGUAUAUGCGCUUUAUUGCUUCCACUGAUGUUUUUAGAGAUCAAGAUGGGACCAAAGUGGCGGAUGAAGCGAGAGGCAGCAGAGAAAGAGCAGACGUGA